ACUCUGUCUCUCUCUCUCUCUCUCAAAACCAAGCCAAGCUAACCUAAGCUUUUAGCCUUACAAACACAAUGAACCCAAAACCACCCACCAUGAAAGAAGAUCGCCAAAAGAAACUCACCGCCUUCAAACUACUCAAACCCAUCGCCUACCUCCUCCUCCUCCUCCUCUCCUUCACCCUUGGAUACCUCUCUUCCCCUUCUUCUCCAACAACCCCCUCUUUUUCUCCUCCCACCCCCCAACUCCCCCAACUCCUAGACCGCCUCUUCAACUCCCCCUCCCCCUUCGUCAACUUCCCCCCUCCCUACGCCACCCCCCUUCUCCGCCGCAGCCGCGUCAAAGGCUGGGGCUCAAACGGCCCCGUUUUCCAAAACCUCAUCCAAAAAGUCCAACCCAAAACCAUCAUCGAAAUCGGCACCUUCCUUGGCGCCUCCGCCAUCCACAUGGCCGGCUUGACCAGCCAGCUCGGCCUCAAGGACACCCAGAUCCUCUGCCUCGACGACUUCCGCGGCUGGCCGGGCUUCCGUGCCCAGUUCGGCGGCCUCGGCCCCCGGAGCGGCGACGUUUUGCUGCUCUACCAGUUCAUGCAGAACGUCGUCUCGGUCAACGCAACCGAGACGGUCUUGCCCAUUCCGUUCUCUACCGGGUCGGGUCUUGACUGGCUCUGUAAGAUGGGCGUGUACGGGGAUUUGAUCGAAGUGGAUGCGGGUCAUGAUUUUAAUUCAGCCUGGUCCGAUAUUAUUCGGGCUUACCGGAUUUUGCGGCCCGGCGGGGUUAUUUUCGGGCACGAUUAUUUUACCGCAGCGGAUGACCACGGGGUGAGGAGGGCGGUAACUUUGUUUGCCCGAGUUUACGGACUCAAGAUUAAGGUUGAUGGGCAACAUUGGGUGAUUGAAUCGAGUUAAUUAAACUUAAUUAGUAUAAAUUCUAAAUCUUAUAG